CCACCCAGCACCAACUACAUCAACUGGAAGACCUUCAAAGCCAACGGCGUCAACCUCGGUGGCUGGCUUGUCCAAGAAUCAACCAUCGAUACCGCAUUCUUGAAUCAGUAUUCCGGCGGUGCUCCCGAUGAAUGGGGUCUUUGCGUCAACCUGGGAUCUCAAUGCGGUCCCGUGCUGGAAAAGAGAUAUGCCUCUUGGAUCACAACCUCCGACAUCGACAAACUCGCCGCAGCAAACAUAACCCUUCUUCGCAUCCCCACCACCUACGCCGCUUGGGUCAAAGUUCCUGGCAGUCAGCUGUACUCUGGUAACCAGCUCUCCUUCCUCAAAACUAUAUCGAGCUAUGCCAUCAACAAAUACAACAUGCACAUCAUCAUCGACAUCCACUCUCUUCCCGGCGGAGUAAACGGCAUGGCAUUUGGAGAAAAAGAAGGAAAUUACGGCUGGUUCAACAACGCGACCGCCUUGACUUAUUCCUAUCGAGCCGUGGAUGCUGCCAUCAACUUCAUCCAAACCUCAAACUUUCCAUCGCAUUUCACCCUCGAACCCAUUAAUGAACCUGUGGACAACAGGAAUAUCCAAUUCUUCGGCACACCUCUCGCUCUUUCUGAUAAUGGUGCAGCGUGGGUGACUUCUUACAUCAAAGGUGUCAUCUCUCGUGUCGCUGCCGUCAACUCGAAAAUUCCUGUCAUGUUUCAAGAUGGCUUUAAAGGUGAAACUUACUUCUCGUCUUCGUUUCCUGCAACCGCCAAUCUGGUCUUUGAUAUACAUAAUUAUUAUUUCGCGGGUAGAGGUGCCACUUCGGCCACUGAAGCCGCAAUCAUCUGUUCGGACGCUAAAACUUCUGCUGGUGAUGGCAAAUUCCCUACUUUUGUCGGUGAAUGGAGUAUUCAAGCAGAACUCAACAACACUUUCACCCUGAGGGAAAAGAACUUACUCACGGGCUUAUACGCAUUCAACAAAUACACCUCCGGCUCUGCAUAUUGGACCGCCAAAUUCUUGGGUACGGCUAAAGUGGAUGGUCAAGGUACUCAGCAGGAUUAUUGGAAUUAUGGCACUUUCGUCGAUCUUGGGUAUACGAAG